GAGCCCGGACGCCUGGGUUCUCUCCCCCCGCCCGUCUGUGCCAGGCUGAGCCCCAGGCUGGGGCGAGGCGUUUGCACGCAGAGCCGGGGGGGCCGGGGGGGGCCGGGCACAAGGUUCGCUCGGUCCCGCCCUGGAGCUGCCCAUAAAGCCCCGCCCGGCCCGGCCCGGCCGCGACUCGGGCUGCGGAGCAGGAUGGAUUGUAACCGGGCGGCGGCUUCUGGCUCGGACCCCAAGAAACAUGAGGCGGGGAAGGAGGGGGGGCACCCGCCUCACGCGGGGCCCCCCCAGCACAAGGACGGGCCGGGAUCCUCCUCGGACUCCAGCAGCAGCUCCAGUGAGAGCGACGGGGGGCACCACGGCAAGCCCCACGGCCCAGGCCACGUGCACAAGGAGAAGAAGAAGAAGAAGCUGAACAAGGAGAAGGAGAAGAAGGAGAAGAAGGAGAAGUCCAAGGAGAAGAAGAGCCACUGAUGGCAGCGCCAGGCCCGGCCGCGUCUCACCCAGACUCCACCCCUGGAUCUGGGCAGAGACCCGGCGGCUCAGCCUGGCACCCGCGGCCGUCGGCUGGUAUCUUGGGAGCCUGCCCUUUGGAGCCUUCAUUGAAAUAAACAAGCUCCGACCCA